AUGGCGCCGCUUCCUCAAGCAAAACCCGACGAGAAGGAUUCCGUAGUGCCAGGGCCGGAGAGCGACGAAGAGGGACUUGGCGGAGACCUGUCUUCAACCCCAGAACCGGGGCAGAAAGAAUGGAAGGCAGAGAAGAAGCAGUUAGCUGCUCUCAGCGAGGAGGACGCCAACGACGGCGGCAAGGGGGACAUGCAAAUGGACGAAAAGCAACGGGCGGCUCUGAUGGAUUCGCUGAAUCGGAAAGAUGGGAAAGGCAGCUCGGUGCAUGUGGAUCCCAAGGCGGUGACCGAAGUAAAGGACUUGCUUCUUCUUCCAGGCAGCGUCGCAGAAAAGGCGCUGCGGAAAGAGGGUGGAGACGUGGCGAAAGCUGUCCGUAGACUUCUCUUUGAGGAAGACGAAGACGAGGAAGGCGUUCUCGGAUGA